UGAACUUAACCAGUCACAACCGAGCAAAUGCUAAGCGAACACCUUUUGCUUUGUCAAAACGAUAACAUUGAAAUCGAUGGAAGCAAACAUUUUCCAAAAUCUUAGCCUGCCAGUAACCAAGAGAUCUGACCGUCAGAUGUGGACACAGAUACCAGAGAUGACCAGGACACAAGCGACCUCGCCCCCAUGUUCCGCAUGUGUGUUGCUUUAUCUGUUUCUCAGGUCACCCGUCUCAGAGCGCCUGGCGGUUGCCCCUAGUCUCGUGUGAUUGGAGAACUAGCAACUGUGUUGUCGUAAGACCCACUGUUGACACUGCUAGUGAGAGUGUAGACUUGGCAGUAAGGUGUAACCUUCGAAAUGGGAUUAAAGGCAAUUAAGAAAAAGCUGAGGCUUGAUAAUUUACUUGCCAGACAAAUUUUUGCGGAAUUUUGGGGAACAUUUAUACUUGUGACAUUUGCUGUCGCCUCUGGAGCUCAAUAUGUCCUCAGUCGCAAGGAGCUCAGCAGUUUCCUUACCGUCAACUUUGCAGGAGGCAUGGGGCUCACGCUUGGCAUCUACUGGUCAGGCGGGGUGUCAGGAGGCUCUUUAAACCCCGCUGUGACGCUUGGCCUGUGUUUGAGGGGCAUCGUGCCGUGGUACAAGUGGCCCUUCUACACGAUAGCCAACUUGUGUGGAGCCUUCUUCGCAGCUGCUGUUCAAUAUGGACUUUAUCGUGAUGCCAUCAACCACUUCGACGGCGGUAUCCGAUACACCACCGGCGUGAAUGCAACAGCGGGAAUAUUCGCUACCUACCCACAACCUUAUGUGUCUACCGCCAGCUGCCUCUUUGAUCAGGUAUUUGGUACCUUCAUCCUAGUCGGGUGUAUCCUGGCUAUAACAGACAAGAACAACAUGCUGCCUCAUAAAGGUUUUGUCCCUGUGGCUCUCGGGUCCAUUGUAUUCGCCAUAGGAACAUGCUUUGCCUUGAACUGCGGUUAUGCCAUCAACCCCGCUAGAGAUCUCGGACCGAGAAUAUUUACAGCUCUAGCCGGGUGGGGUACGGAACCAUUCACGUUCCGCAACUACUGGUUCUGGGUGCCUAUCGUGGGCCCCAUGGUCGGGUCCUUCACGUCGUGGGCUAUAUACUUCUUAUUCAUAGAGAUGCACUGGCCAGAUGAAGAGGAGGAAGUCACCGUCGACGUCAAGGGAAAUGGCGUUAGACCUAAUGGGACGUCGAUAGAGGACAAAGGUUACGUAAAUGAGGGAUUCACCGGUGGUAGAUCAGACGCCAGACUCGCGUCAGACGAGGCUAUAGUGACGGGCACAUGAAAUAGGAGGGUUAAACACGCCAUACUCACACACCGGUAACAUAUUGUGCCAGUCGAAGACUGUAACGAUAUGCGGGUCACGAUCAUCUUCCCGAGGCAAGAGAGUAAACUGACUAUACAAGUCCAGUUUCCACCCUUGCCGAACUAGGCUGGUAUUAUGGAGUUACAUUUUGGCUGGACUAACGAGUCUAUGCAUAGUCCAAUCAA